AUGCACCAUAUUUGGACACACCAACGUCUGGGGCUGCACGUCUUCAAGGGAAGCAAACAGGUUUGGGCUGAUUUUGGGGUGGUUUUUCCUGAUAUUUUGAGGGUCCCCAAACAGCGGGAUGCCUUCCUUGUGGUCGGUGCUCGGCCAGGCUUUCUGCACGAUCGCAUGCUCCAGAAGGGGCCCACCCUGGUCUUGACCACCUCCUCGGUGUUGGGCAACAAGGAGGAUCGGGCUGUCUUUUUCAGGAACGUGCGGUUCGAGUGCAUUCUGUGCGACGAGGCCCAUGGCAUGAGGAAUGCAGAAACUAUUGCCUUCAAGCAUGUGGACAGGAUCCCGGUGAAGCGAAGAGUGCUGAUGACUGGAACUCCCGUGCACAACAAUCUCCAGGAGUUGGGAAACUUGCUGAAGCUUGUGCUGCAGGUGAACAGCCAGAGCGCUUCUUCGAGGAUGGUCAGAGUUGCCCGCGAGUUGGAUGGCAUCGUGGAACGGCAGUCCUUGAGGACGCUGCAAGUCAGGGCAGCCCCUUUCAUGAUGAGGAGGCUGAAGAAGGAUGUCAUGAAUGACCUCCCAGAAAAGAUUUGCAAAGCUCAGAGGUGUCCAUUGACCCCUGAGCAACGGAAGCAGUACGAUGCGGAGCUGCAAAAGGCGAAAGCCUCCACCAAAAUGAAGAAAACGCAAGCACGCAAGUAUUUGAAGAACUUGUUCUCCCGACUUCGGAGGCUAUGUAACCAUCCCCUGCUGUGUCAAACGCGCUUCGUGGAGGACGACUACGGCGUCAUUGCGGACGCCCUACGCCUGGUGCGCUCCGACUUCGCCAGCGCCACGCGGGAGAAGUGCGUGGCCUUCAUCAGGGAGAUGGAUGACUAUGAGUUGGUUUCGCAGGUGAGAGCUUACAAACUGCAGGGCAAGCUUGCGGACAUGGGCUUAAAUCCUGGCAAACUUCAAAUUUCGCGGCAGGACUUGAUGAACUCGGCGAAAGUGCAGGAACUCAUCAAGAUCUUGGAAGGACAGCGCGCUGAGAAUCAGAAGACUCUCGUUUUCUCGCAGUUCACCAUGUAUUUGGACGUGAUCCAACAUGCCUUGAGCAUCAACGAUCUGCCCUUCGCUCGCUUGGAUGGCACAUGUAGCUUGGAAGAUCGACAGAGCAACAUCGAUCUCUUCCAGAAACCAGGCUCGGGAGUUGAUAUUUUUCUCCUCUCGAUGAAGGCAGGUGGAACAGGGCUGAAUCUCACAGCUGCAAAUCGAGUGAUUCUCAUGGACCUCUCGUGGAAUCCUCAAGACAACCGGCAAGCCGAAGACCGUGCGCACCGCCUCGGCCAGCAGCAGAGUGUCAGCGUGACGUAUCUGACCACGGCGGAUACCAUUGAGGAGAGCAUUGUGAAAUGCAACGUCUCCAAGAUGGAACUGGACUACAAGUUUGGAGGGCAGAAAAGUGCUUUGGGCACCUCUGCCUUCGACGAAUCUGAAAGUGAUGGGGAAGCUGAAAAGCCAAAGAAGCAGGACCAGGAAGCAGAACUUUGUGCUGAAUUGGGCAAAGAACUGGGCAUUUUGGCCUUGUCACAGCGCAGUGAUGUGACAGUUCAUGGGGAUGCAAGGAGGGAGGUGGUGGCCAUAAAGAGAAUCAAACUGAAUCCCGAUGAUGACGAGGGAAUUCCGAGCACGGCUUUGCGCGAAGUGGCAGUGCUCAAGGAGUUAGAUAGUGAAUUUGUAGUGAAGCUCUUUGAGGUGUUUUGUUCACCACAUAAGCUCGUGAUGGUCUUCGAGCUUAUGGAAAAUGAUUUGCGAAAGUACAUGAAGUCAGUGCGAGGUCAACUCCAACCGAAAGACAUCAGGAACCUGUGUUGGCAGCUGGUCAAAGGACUGGAUGUAUGUCAUGCAAGGAGAAUCAUCCAUAGAGAUAUCAAGCCCCAGAACCUGUUGAUCGACAACGACCUGCACUUGAAGUUGGCGGACUUUGGUCUGGCUAGAGCCUUCGUGGUGCCAAUCCCAAAGUACACCCACGAGGUGGUGACGGUUUGGUAUCGCGCUCCGGAGAUUCUGUUGGGAUCUAGCGCCUACAGCAUUGGCGUGGACAUGUGGGCUGUGGGCUGCGUCUUUGCAGAGAUGGCAACAGGGAAUCCACUCUUUGGUGGAGAUUCAGAGAUUGAUACGAUCUUCAAGAUCUUUCAGAAGCUGGGCACGCCCAACGAGGAAAUGUGGCCAGGUCUUCAUGAGUUACCCAAUUUCAAGCUGAAGUUCCCUUGCUGGACGGCAAAAGGCUGGGACAAGAUCCGCAAUACCAAGGCGCAGGUGGGGCGGAACGGCAUGGAUUUGCUGGACAAAUUCAUGGCCUAUGAUCCAAAGAAGCGCUGGACCGCGCGGAAAGGUUUGCAGCAUCCUUACUUUCAUGAGGAUAGCAGGCAACUUGCGCAUGGCGGCGCUUAAGGGUUGGGCUGGUGUGGGAAGCCAGGCCAAGUGUCGGUGACCUGAGGCCCUGCACAAAUUCACCCUGCUGACGUUCCCAGCGCUUAGCUCUGCAGCUUUGCAGAGAGCUUUGGGCGCAGCGUGGAGUGGAAACUUCGCAGCAACAGUGGGAAUGCCACCGCAUUUUAGCCUCUGAGGUUGUGUGGGUUUGGAACGAUC